AAAAAGCAAAGAAACUGGAUAUUACUUGAAAUAUUUAGUAUGAUGGUUUAGUUUGGUCGACGCCGCCGCCGCCAUGUCGCCGCUCGGCCGCUCGCUGCUCGCGCUCGGCGCGCUCCUCACCGCCGCCGACGCCAAAUGCAGAACAAAGAUGAUAGGUUAUGUAACGAAGACGGACACCGGCUGGAACUUAUAUAAUGCUGCUCCAGGAGGAGAUGUGGUUUACUUUCCUAAGACCUACUACAUAACAGAGACAGUGGGCGAAAAGAUAACCGUCUGCAACAAGGAUCCGAGCGCGCCGCCUCCGGUAAUAGAGGUGGCAACGCCGACGCAGUUCUCACAAGUGACCAUCGCGUGUUAUGAAGAUUGCCCUCAAGGGUCGACUGUUAAUGUGACCCAGUAUAUUGAAGACUAUUUUGUGGUCUGGCCGUAGUUGGAAAUUCUUAUGGUUGAUAAUUAUAUUAAGAUAUUAAUGUUAAAAAAAAGCUGUUGAUUUUAUAAAUGUCUACGAAUUGCUUUAGAUUAAAGUGUGAUUUCGUAGAAAGAAA